AUGUCCUCCGGCUUCCAGGCAUGGCUACGCUCGCCGGCAGCGAGAGAAUACUUCUUCUCGACCCAUUUCUGGGGGGGACUACCGUUGGCAGCACUGGCAGACUUGAAGAAAGAGCCAGAGAUGAUCAGCGGCACGAUGACACCCACCCUAGCAGCAUACUCCAUGGUUUUCAUGCGUUUUGCUUGGCAAGUCCAACCGAGGAACUAUCUGCUCUUUGCGUGUCAUGCGACCAACGCGGCGGCGCAGUCCGUCCAGACAGGCCGUUUCCUCAAUUACUUCUACGGUGAUAAGAGCGCACAAGCGAGCGUCAAAGCAGCCGCGCAAGAUGCAAAGGCGUCCCUCGAGCGCGUGCCAGGUCAGAUAGAGUCUGCAAGCAAAGACUUGGCCCAGGAGGUCAAGAAGAAGUCAAAUUUCAUUGGAGCCGGCAUGAGUCUCAAGGGCAAAGAGAGAGCGCAAGAGCCAGAUCAGCGGUCUGCUGUCAGCAUGACAUCAACGUUGAGCGAAUCGGAGCUCGAGAACGAUGCAGGCGCCGAAAGCGCACGUACCACGAUGGCCAGAGACGGCGCUUCCUCUCGAGCACAGGAAGCCAUACGGCCGAAACCUGUCGUCCAUCUGUUAGCAGGCGGGCUGGGAGGAAUGUGCGGCGGCAUCGUCACAGCGCCCUUCGAUGUCGUCAAAACGAGGCUGCAGUCCGAGUUCUACGCAAGCCGCACGCGAGCACUCGCUACAGCUUCGGAGGGCGGGCCUGCUGCUCGGUCAGGUCUGCGCGGCUUGCUCUAUCACUUUGUCGACACAGGUACUCUGCUACGAGACAUCCAACGGAAUGAGGGUCCAGCGGCGCUCUUUCGUGGCUUGGGACCUACACUCGUCGGCGCAGUACCAGCCAGAUCGAUCAACUUCUUCGUCUAUGGGAACGGCAAGCAGAUCUGGUCGAAAGCUCUAGGCAAACGAGAGGACCAGGCCAUCGUCCAUUUGACCUCUGCAGCAUUCGCCGGCAUAGUGACAGCGACAGCUACCAAUCCUAUCUGGGUCGUCAAGACUCGCUUACAGCUGCAAAAGCGACAGACGCCCAAAUCAAGUCUCCCAAGCGCUUCGGCCAGCGCAACGCGAUCUGUAUCUACUCAAGCGGGCGGCAUCAUGUUCUUCUCCCGCGCGCAAUCGACCUUGCAAUUACAAGAGGGCUCGGCGAGGCCGUUUACGAGCUCGCUGCAAUGUGUGCGGUAUAUAUGGCAAAGAGAGGGUCUCAAGGGGUUCUAUAGAGGCCUCUCGGCUUCGUACCUUGGCGUGACAGAGGGCACGAUCCAAUGGACUCUGUACGAGCAUUUCAAGAAGAUGGCAAGUAGACGCAAGACGGUCAGAGGACAUGAGCAAGGCGAGGACUGGCUAGACAAGGUCCUCUCCGCCGGCUCCGCUAAGCUCAUCGCGACCAUCAUCACGUAUCCGCACGAGGUGGUGAGAACACGACUACGACAGGGCGUCGAACCAGGCCGGUCUGCCAAGUAUACAGGCCUCGUACAAGCUUUCCGUGUCGUCUGGCGCGAGGAAGGCGUGGCGGCGAUGUACGGAGGCCUAUCGCCCCAUCUCUUGAGAGUGGUGCCCAAUGCGGUCGUGAUGUAUUCAGUCUACGAGGCCUGUCUCGCAUUUUCGAGACGCCAACAAGCUCUACUGCAGCGACAGCAAGACGAAUAG